ACCGUCCGAAGGGACGCGCGCGAGAGCCGGCGAUGGGCCCCGCGGCGGGGCUGGCGGCGCUGCUGGCGGUGCUGGCGCUCGGGGCAGGCGACCCGGCAGGGGCCGCGGCGCGGGGGGACACGUUCUCGGCGCUGACCAGCGUGGCGCGCGCCCUGGCGCCCGAGCGCCGGCUGCUGGGGCUGCUGCGGCGCUACCUGCGCGGGGAGGAGGCGCGGCUGCGCGACCUGACCAGAUUCUAUGACAAGGUGCUUUCUUUGCACGAGGAUUCGGCAACCCCUGUGUCUAACCCUCUGCUUGCAUUUACUCUCAUCAAACGGCUACAGUCUGACUGGAGGAAUGUAGUACAUAGUCUGGAGGCCAGUGAGAACAUCCGAGCUCUGAAGGAUGGUUAUGAGAAGGUGGAGCAGGACCUGCCAGCCUUUGAGGACGUUGAGGGAGCAGCAAGGGCCCUGAUGCGGCUGCAGGAUGUGUACAUGCUCAACGUGAAGGGCCUGGCCCGGGGCGUCUUCCAGAGAGUCGUUGGCUCCGCCGUCACUGACCUGUACAGCCCCAGACGGCUCUUCUCCCUCACAGCAGAUGACUGCUUCCAAGUUGGCAAGGUGGCCUAUGACAUGGGGGAUUACUACCAUGCCAUUCCAUGGCUGGAGGAGGCUGUCAGUCUCUUCCGAGGAUCUUAUGGAGAAUGGAAGACAGAGGAUGAGGCAAGUCUAGAGGAUGCCUUGGAUCACUUGGCCUUUGCCUACUUCCAGGCCGGCAAUGUUUCGUGCGCCCUCAGCCUCUCCCGAGAGUUUCUCCUCUACAGCCCAGAUAAUAAGAGGAUGGCCAGGAAUGUGUUGAAAUAUGAAAAGCUUUUGGCAGAGAGCCCCAACCAGGUGGUAGCUGAGGCUGUCAUCCAGAGGCCCAAUGUACCCCACCUGCAGACCAGAGACACCUACGAGGGGUUAUGUCAGACCCUGGGAUCCCAGCCUACUCACUACCAGAUCCCUAGCCUCUACUGUUCGUAUGAGACAAAUUCGAGCCCCUACCUGCUGCUCCAGCCUGUCCGGAAGGAGGUCAUCCACCUGGAGCCCUAUGUUGUUCUCUACCAUGACUUUGUCAGUGACGUGGAGGCUCAGAAAAUUAGAGGGCUUGCAGAACCGUGGCUACAGAGGUCUGUGGUGGCAUCCGGGGAGAAGCAGUUGCCAGUGGAGUACCGAAUCAGCAAAAGUGCCUGGCUGAAGGACACCGUCGACCCCCUGCUGGUGACCCUUGACCAUCGCAUUGGUGCCCUCACAGGCCUUGAUGUCCAGCCUCCCUACGCAGAGUAUCUCCAGGUGGUGAAUUAUGGAAUUGGCGGUCACUAUGAGCCUCACUUUGACCAUGCUACGUCACCAACUAGCCCACUGUACAGAAUGAAGUCUGGGAACCGAGUUGCAACGUUUAUGAUCUAUCUGAGCUCCGUGGAAGCUGGAGGAGCCACUGCCUUCAUCUAUGCCAACUUUAGCGUGCCCGUGGUCAAGAAUGCAGCACUGUUUUGGUGGAAUCUGCACAGGAGUGGUGAAGGGGAUGGUGACACACUUCAUGCGGGCUGUCCUGUCCUGGUGGGAGAUAAGUGGGUGGCCAACAAGUGGAUACAUGAGUAUGGACAGGAGUUCCGCAGACCCUGCAGCUCAAGCCCUAAAGACUAAAACGUUGGCAGAGAGAAGCUGGUCGAGUCCUGUGACUUUCCGGAGAAGCCAGAAGCCAAAGGCCAGGCUAGGAGAGGAGAAAGGAGAGCUACCUUCUGGAAGAGGGCCUUGUCAGCAUUGCUUGUUCCUUGCAAAAGGAAGUGGUCUGUACUAGGGAACACCUGAGAAUUCUUCUCAAACCAUCAGAGUAGAAUGGAUGGGCAAUACAAAGAAGGGGACCAGAGGGCCAGAGGGAGAAGUUUCUGGGGCUCACUCUAUGAUUUAAACAGGAUAUAUCAGUAGUCCCUGGGGUUUGGUCAGUGGGGUUUUUGCCACUCUGAGCCUUGACCACAGGGGCCCAGAAGUGGCAAUGAGGACACCUACAGGAGGGGGCUAGCCUAACUCCCGUGGCUUUUUGCCCUUCUCCCCACUGACUUCUGAAGACUGAGCAGGGACUGUCUCCUUAACAGGAGUGUACCUCAUAGGAUUGUUUUUUCAAGCAGAAUGAAACUUUCUUCUUUUUUUAAUAUGAUGAUUUUUUAAUACAGCCAUUAAAAAUGUUUACAAAUCAU